GCUGGGUGGUUUGUGUCCCGCAGGAUCCCAGAGUCCUGGACAGCAUGCUCCCGUACCUGACCGCCUACUACGGCAACCCCCACUCCCGGACCCACGCCUACGGCUGGGAGAGCGAGGCUGCCAUGGAGAAGGCGAGGCGGCAAGUUGCAGAUUUAAUAGGAGCUGAUUCAAGGGAAAUUAUAUUUACCAGUGGUGCAACAGAAUCAAAUAAUAUGGCAAUUAAGGGUGUUGCAAGGUUCUAUAGAUCCAGAAAAAAGCACAUCAUCACUACACAAACAGAGCACAAGUGCGUGCUGGAUUCCUGCCGUUCCCUGGAGACAGAAGGUUUUCGGGUCACGUAUCUGCCUGUUAAAAAAAACGGGCUCAUAGAUUUGAAGGAGCUGGAGGCUGCGUUCCAGCCGGACACAAGUUUGGUUUCUGUGAUGACUGUGAAUAAUGAAAUAGGAGUCAAGCAGCCAGUUCAUGACAUUGGUGAGAUCUGCCGUGCACGUAAGGUUUUCUUCCACACAGACGCUGCACAAGCAAUUGGUAAAAUUCCUAUGGAUGUCAAUGACAUGAAGAUUGAUCUAAUGAGCAUCAGUGGCCAUAAAAUUUAUGGGCCCAAAGGGGUUGGUGCUAUCUAUGUUCGCCGUAGACCACGCGUCAGGCUAGAGCCCCUGCAAAGUGGGGGAGGCCAGGAGAGAGGACUGCGGUCUGGGACUGUGCCCACUCCUUUAGCAGUGGGCCUGGGAGCAGCGUGUGAAGUGGCCCAGCAAGAGAUGGAGUAUGACCAUAAGCGAAUCUCACAACUGGCAGAACGACUGGUUACAAAAAUAAUGAGUGAAGUUCCUGAUGUGGUUAUGAAUGGAGAUAGAGAGCAUCGCUAUCCAGGCUGCAUCAAUUUAUCUUUUGCCUAUGUGGAAGGAGAAAGUCUUCUGAUGGCUCUGAAAGACGUGGCUCUCUCUUCAGGAAGCGCUUGCACAUCAGCUUCCUUAGAGCCUUCCUAUGUUUUGCGGGCGAUCGGAACAGACGAAGACUUGGCUCACUCAUCUAUAAGAUUUGGCAUUGGUCGUUUCACUACGGAAGAAGAAGUGGAUUAUACAGUACAGAAGUGCAUACAGCAUGUUAAGAGGCUGAGGGAAAUGAGCCCCCUCUGGGAAAUGGUGCAGGAUGGAAUUGACCUGAAAAGCAUUAAAUGGACUCAGCACUGAGAAAACAUCGCUGUCCAUGGAUGUGGAUGUGGGUUGAAAUGCAUUUUCUGUACAUUCCUGAACAAAUUAUGCAGCACUUCUGGUUUUUGACACUUGCAAUUUGACUGGCAAACUACCCUUUCUGAUCGCAAAGUCUAAGAACCCAAAUGAAACUAGUCUUUAUUUGGGAGAAAGGCAGGAUGAUGUAACACCCAUUGCACUUAUAUUGACACAUAGAAAUUUAUGCUGAAACAGAAUUUAUUUGGAAAUGUAUUUUCUAAUAAGGAAAUGGAAUCAGUGUGUCACUCCUGGGCCA